AUUGUCAUUAUUUUGAUACUGUCAUGUCUCAAACGUCGUAGCAGUUGGAAACUUGAAUAUUGCAAAGGAUACCCCGGGUUGUUAAUGUAAGUUGAAGCUCCGUUUCUAUCUUGGUAGUGGAAACAAACAUAUAAAUAAUGACUUUGGAGCUACAAUUUGUAUUUGUAUGUUUCAGACCAAUCAAUUUCUUGGGAGGAAUGGACAAAAUCAACAGGUAUACUAUCGCUAUUACCUUUGGAGCAACAGCCAGUACCUUCUUCUCUAACUCAACAUUGGAAUUCGCAGACCCACCAUGGUUAUCAGGUUAGCAGAUCCACAGGCUUCCCAAACAUACGAUGAUAGCAGAGUCUGCGCAUUGGCGAUUUUUGUCUUGAGAAUCUCUCGGAUUACUGCUAUUUGCAAAAGAUUUUGCGAAAAAGGGGAUUACUUAAGUUAGAGAGACUAUCAAAGGUCGGUACUUUUAAGGAAGGAACGUGACAAUGACCACGGAUUUCUCUAAAAUGUUUUACGCGAUAGAAUUGCUUUGCAGGAUAUACAGAGAACAAACUCAUGCGGAAAUGAGCAUACCCAUCUUCUUCAAUUACACCCUGCAUUAAUAUUAUGCCUUGCAUUAGGUUUAUUACCCUGCAAUAACCACAAUGUGCGUUAUCUUUCUUUUUAGUUUUUUCUGCUCUUUUUUCUGUUCUUGAGUAUGGAAUCCUGUUCUACCCAUUUUUUGCCUGUUUGACAACUGAGAACAGUCUGGCUGGCUCUUUGCUGGGUUUUCUUUAUGCUACCAUGAGGUAAGACCAAUGUCAUCUACAAAUAGGCCAUGACUGAAUCCUUUAACUCCUAUGAAUGUUCAAGACAGAAUUUCUCCUUUCAAUAUCAAUUACAUAUUAGGCAGAAAAUUGAUGAGAAUGAAGAAAAUAUCAAGGAGGGGAUUAUAAGUUGAUCCAGUACCAAAUUCUCCAAAUUAACAUCCUCUGAUUUGUGUGGCAGACAGUAAGGGGAAUUACUAAUCUGAUCUUGGGAAUAAAAGGUAGUUUAAAAGCAGUUUUUUUUAAAACUUUCCGAAGGCAUUCGUUCAAAUUAGGAUUUCUCUUUCCUCAUCUUUUCUCCCCUACUGUGUUUUUUUCCUGUAUUUACGUUUGGCGCACGUUCAAUGUGACGAAGGGUUGACGCUCGAAACGUCAGCUUUUUUACUCUUUACAGUGGCUGACUUACGUUUUCAACUCAGUUGUUAACACUAAAUUACCUGCUAUCCUCUCGCACCGGCGCAGCACCACAGUUUCUUUAUCAUUUUUGACAGUCCGUUUCUCCACCAGCCAGUCGGUCAGUAAACUAUUCAAUUAGACGGUAAACCAGUCAGUCAGGCAGUCAGUCCCUUAUAUAGUUAGUCAGUCAGUCAGUCAGUUAGCCAUUCAGUUAGUCCAUCAGUGAACCAGCCAGUUAGUCAGUAAGUGAAUCAGUCAAUCAACCAUGAAUUGUUUAGGUGUUGAAAGAAUAAUUCGUAAACUCCCACAAAAACACAAUUCGUUCAUUAUUUUCAGAUUCAUCGUUGGACUUGUGAUUGAAUUUCAGUGCACGGAAUCUUAUGUAGUAAGAAACAUAGUUUUAAUAAGAUCAAUAAAUAAUAAAAAAAAUAUUCAUCAUCAUUAUCAUCGUCAUCAUCAUCAUCAUGUAGAUAUCUGGCAUUCGCCAAGGUGCUUGUUGUUAUAGUAGUUAAUCUAUUUUCAUUCCUAUUUACUGAUUUUAUUUUCGAUGAGCCAUUGGCUAGGCACAGUGGUCAAAUUCUGCUCAUAUAUAAAAGUUGUAAAGACUAUGAGACGUGCUUUUGGGCUGUCAGAACCAAGUGGACUCACAAAACUGAGUCACCAAACACCACGCAGGCUAGUGAGUCGUGGUGUUUUAGAACUGUAUGACCUGAUUGGUGAAGCUCGAAACAGAAUGGUAAAUCAACGGAAUACCCGUGCUUGAAUAAGCUUUGUGUUCAAUAAGUCUCGAGUUUUCCUUUUGUUUUAUUUAUUGGUUUCCUGAAUAUUCCAACUUUUUUUUGCUUAGUUUGUGAGACAGCGGUUCAUAUGUUUUCCUCAGGAACUUUACGCGGGAGAUUGGCGCGCGAGCGCCCAAAUUUGAUCCCCUCACGCAUGCCCUAAGCUUGACCGUUGAGUUGCGCGCGCUGGUGUGUUUAAUCAUUCACCUGCUCGCCCUCUCGUCCCUUCCUUUGUUCGUUCGUUUGCUUUGUUCGUUCGUUUGCGUUUUUUCGUUUGUUUAUUCCUGAGGCUAGUCGACUAAAGAAUUCAUUCUCUUAAGCCACCGAGCUCUGCUCUGCAUGAACUUGCAAAUUGAAGUUUUCAUUUUAUUCUUUUAGGAAGAUAUAAAAACCAAGCAAUAUAUUGAAUUCCUUGGCAAAGUUCCCACUUACCUCUGUCUACUGUUCAUUGCUCUGAGGUUUGCUGUGCUACUUGUUUUGCAAAUAAAGCAGUGCCGAGUGCUGUCAUCUUGGGUAAGUUCCGUUUGUUAAAAAGACGAUGUUACUCGUUUAUAGUAUGAAAAUUUAAUUUAAAAAAAAAUUAAAUGACGAAAAAUUCCGCUGAUAAUCAUCCCGCGAGGUAAGGGAAUAAUCAUUAUUUUAACCUGGGGGGAGGGGGGUUGGUGGGUGGUUUGCAGGAUUUUGGGGAGAUGACAUGGCUUUUAUCACCGGAGGGGAGAUCAGUCGGCCAGAAUUUAUCUUUGGGUAAUCUCUCCAAAAUUCGUUGCCUAUUAGGGAGGAUACUAGAAUACUAUAAAGGCUUAGUUAGGGAAUCAGGUAAGUUUUAUAGCGAUACAACCAGAAUCCUCCUAUUUUCCGUCAACUCCCCCCCCUCUCCUCCCUUCCCGAUAAAUGGAGACCGAUUCCUAAAAACGCCGUAAUUUUCUAUCAGUCCAAUGGAAAUAUAUUUGAAUUAUGUGUCAGGUGGUAAUCUUGACAGUAAAAACUCAGAUUUUCUUUUCCAUAUAUGCUCCCGUUUUGUUUAUUAUUAUCUUUUUGGUGUCUAUGUACCAACGAUCCCUCUCCACUGCCCCUGAAAACUAUGUGAUCCCCCAAACAUCAGCCAUCCCCAAUAUGGAAAGUUUCCAACGACUCUACUUCUUCCCCAAAACCACAAAUUUAUGAAAAUUUCGCAAAAUCCUUUCUAACUUCUGCACUGUACAGCACUAUUCAGAAAUUUUGGGGGCUGAUGAACAUCACACCUGUUUGAUCGAAGCAUCAGGGCGUAUUCACGUCAAGCAGCUGCUGACUUUAGGAUCGAAUACGUAAGUAUCUUGUUCUCCUGUUUAGCCCAAAGAUGACAUGGGGUUGGCGUUCAAAAUGUGGCUGCUCGCUUGUGCAUGUGCAAAUUAGGUGGAGUGCUUUCAGUUUGUGAAGCUCAAGUUGUGUCACAUGAGUUAGUAAGUCAGAGUAAUUUAAAGGCGUAUAACUUUUGUGGUAAAGCUCAAAACAGAUUGGCAAAUCAACAGGAAACUCGUACUUGAAUAAGCUUUGUGUUCGAAAACUCUCGAGUUCUCCUUUUCCCUACUUUUGUUUCCUUUCACAGAUUUCUAAUAAGAUUUCAAUUUUCUUUCACUCAUAUUGUAAGACAAAAGUUGUUUCUCAUGCUUUCCUUUGAAAUUUUGCGCGGGAAAUCAGCGCGCGGCUGGCCAGAAUUGAUCUCCUCGUGCAUGCCCGACGUGCAGACACUGUGUCUCUCUCACCCAGCCCCUCUCCCAUGAAAUUACUUCCCCAAGAGAUGAAGAGAGGAGAAACUGGGAACGAUUUUGGGUCGCUCGUAGACUUACGAAUUGUCGCGAGUGGAGAACAAUCAAAACACCACUGGUGAGGUUCGUGAUUUUCCCCAGAAUUCAUCCGGUAAAUUCCAGAAGGUUAACUGGAACUGUUUGGUAAUUCGAUUCGAAAAUAGUCUAUCACUGGUGCGAAAUAGGCAUUAGUCAGUAAGCGACCGUUCAUUACUCAUCGCAGGAAAGGAAGGGGAAAAGGGGGUCUCUCAUUAGGCUCUGUGAUAUUGUUUUGAUCCCCCUUACUGGCAGUUAUAGAGCAGUUAAGUUUUUAUAGUAUCCCUUUUAUACCUUACUAACAACGACAAAUUCCCCUCAUUCCCCCCAAAGCCAUGCGACUCCCUCCCCUCUACUACCACCUCAAAAAAAUCUUUUGACCCACCCCCUUCCCCAGUGAUGAAUAAUGCCCGGCCCCUCAGUGGAAAACAAUUGUUAUCCUAUAAAGCUAAAGUAGAAAUUGACAUUGGAAUAAUUAAGUUCCAGAACCAUGGCUGACGAGAAAUGGUACAAGAGGCUGAUCUGUAAAAUCUACAGACCGAGAGGAGGUUGGUUCCAUCAAUUUGAUUGCUUCUAAUAGACAAUAAAAUUCUUUUGGUUGGAAUUUAAUAUUGAGAUUGUUACAUUGCUUAACCCUGUAACUCCCAUGAAUGACAAAGAAAUAAUUUCUUCUCACAAUAUCAAGUACACAAGUGAUGAGAAUGAAGAAGAAUAUCAUUUAGAGGAAUAUCAGUUGAUCCAAUACAAAAUUCUCUGAACUGACAUCGUAAUAAUUGUAUGAAAAACAGUAGAGAGAAUUGCUAAUGAGAUCUUGGGAGCAGAAGGCUCAAUGACAAGAGGGAAGGUCAAGGGGGUAAGUUUCUAAAGAAACAGCGGUGCUGCGUUGGUGGGAGAGUAUAACAGGGUAAUUUAGUAUUAUCAUCUGAGUUGAUAACGUAAAUUGGCCUCCGUAAAGAUUCCUAAAGCUGACAGUUGGAGCGUUAGCCCUUCGUUAAUCGCUCUGACGAAGGGCUAACGCUCGAAACGUCAGCUUUGAAACUCCUUACGGCGGCAAAUUUACGUGUUCAACUCAGUUGAUAAUACUAAAUUCCCUAGUCAAGAAUUACCUCGGUGACGAAUAACCGAUGAAAAUUGACCUGCCGGUUUCUUUAUCGAUUCUACGCUCCUUGCUGGACAGUUUACCCUUUAACUCCCACGAUCUGAUUGCCAACUCUCUCCUCUAGCUGUUACACAUUUCCUUGUAAAUCAGUUACGUGAAUUUGGUGUUAGGUCAAGCGAGAUACAACUUCUACUCAAAACGUUUGAGUGUACUGCUUACCUGUUUUCCUUUUUACCUUUUACUUUAUUGGAAGUUGAAGGGUUAACACUCGUGUUCUUUUUCAGUUUCACGAAUUGGAGGUGCAUUUGUUAACGGUGCAUGCCACUCAAAACUAAUUCGGUGUUUUAUUUAGUUCUUUUCAGGUACUUUCCUGAUAUUUUCUUAGUUCAGUUUAGUUUUGUCUAUAUUCUAAAUUUUUGAUUAAUAGUGUUUGACAAAAAUAUGAAACUGAUACAUACAUUUUAUUUCAGAUUUUAAAUUCUCAACGCAGUUAAUUUCCACCUUAGUGGUUGCAGGAAUAAUUGUGUUUCAGGUCAGUUUGAUUUUUCCGUGUCAUGUAACUGCAAUGACUUCGGUUGCGGCCACUGUUCACAAGCUAUCUGGAUAAAUUUUCUACCGAAAACGGAGCUAUUAAAAAACCUUCUUCACAUUAAAACACAGCCUUAAACUAAGAUUGGAGCAGCUUUUCUCGCAAAUUCGCAUAAAUUUUCGUUGCAUUAUUACGUAAAAAAUAUCGUAUUUUUCACGUGUGUUGUAACAGCUUUUAUCACAUAAACUGCGGUGUUACACAAGGAUUUCCGGCCCGGAGAAAAGCCGUAACAACACACGUGAAAAAAUAUCGUUUUUUUAUGUGUGUUGAUAUAGUCAAUCAGCUGCUCACACGUUACUCGCCUUUGGCAUCACACGGCCGAGUUGAUGAAUGAACGGCCUUCACGAUUCUCAAUACAAGUUGUUUGUCGGAGCUAUCUCGAAUUAUGGCGGCUUAAACACUAAACAAUCCGUAUCGCUAACAGACAAUGAGGUUCAAACUUUCCUAGAAGAGGAAGAAAACCAAUAUACUAAAAGAAAAGCCGAAAGUUGCGUAUUCAGUGGCUUUGGUGGUAGCAUUUCUCUCGGCUGAGAAUAAAAAUCGACUACCAGAUGAUUUGCUACUGGCCGAUUUUGGCCAUUUACCUGAAAGACUUCUUCUGUCGGUAAGGACAAAGUCAAUAAAUGAGAAUUUUGUAAAUCAAAAAUUACGGCCAUUGUUGUUUUUGUAAUCAUGAUUCAACGCAUUUUUCCAUCUUAAGAGUCAGCGCCAACGCACUCUAUGAUUUUUAUUCGAGGAUUGUCGAUUCAUUUAUUUUCAUUCAUUAAUGAAGUCGGCUUUUCUUCCCCACUGAAGGGCUAUUGUGUUUAUAUGAUAAACAAAAUAAUACAGGGUUGCUUGUAGAUAUGGAAUUUCUCUUCUCGUGUUCAACUCGACAUCUCACGAGUGAGCGCAGCAGUUAAACACUCGAAGAGAAAUUCCAUAUCUACGCACGCCCAUGUAUUAUUCUCUAUUUCUCAGGGCUGGAAGUCCUUGUAUAACACCGUAGUUUUUAUGAUAAACGCCAAAUAAUUAAAAAAAAUACUAUUUCUUCUUAUAUUUUUUUUCAGGUUAUGUUGCAUUAUCUCUCGUUGUUUGAUUACUACGAAAAAGAAGUUGUCUCGUCUUGUGUUCACGACCCCAUUUGUCGGGGAUUUGUUCUUCUCUUAUUUCGUAAGUUUAAGGCAUUUUUUGGAAUUUAUUGGGGAAAAUAAACUAACUGUGUUGUAUAGGAACUAUAACCUUGUAAGUAAUGUGUUCUGUUACUCCCCCAGUUUUAUUCCGUCAGUCCCCACUCCGCCAUUCCAUCCACUUGCCAGUCUGGUAUUUUCUUCAGAUAGCCAAUCUUUUAUUAAAAUUAAAAUUACUUUAGUUACUGACGUGAGUCAAAAGAAAAAAAAAACAAGCUUAAAAUGUUGCCAGCAAGGACAUGGAUGAAUACACAAAAAUCUCGCUUUCUCGAAAAAUGGUGUCACUCGCCACCUGAGUUAUGUUGUAAUAUUCAAGACCCGCAAUUGUGUGCAAUUCUGUCGAUCUUGAUAUGCUUUACAAGUCUCGAACCCAGAUCUAACCGUGUGACUGUAACUGCAAUUGACCGUGGAAGGUCUGGGUGAUGAAUAUGAAAGCGAUCUUCUUAGUAAUGAACACCAUUUAAGCAGUAGUGGGCAUAAGGCCUGAAAAAAAUUCAGGUCUGUUUAGGAUUUGAACCCAUGACCUUUGCGUUACUGGCGUAGUGCUCUAACAACUGAACUAACAAGCCAACUGGGUUUAUUACAACCCAGCAUAGUGCGAGACCAGCUCCCAGUUUUCAUCAAUCACUGCAAAGAUCGCGUAAAUAUUCAUUUCUGAAACCGCAGUUCACAUAUAUGAUAUUUGUACCUUCAAAGUCAAACGAGACUAAUGUUGUACUUUACUGUGACUUGAAACAGAUGCUUUGGAGGGAGGAGUUAUUACAGCAGCUACCGUUUCUAUUUUGUUGAUGCUGCAUUUUAUGAAAUGCCACAGGUAGGUUAAAUAAGAUUCGAUGUCCUCACGAUCAUUGUGUUUUUGUCUUCUUGGGAGAUAAGAAGAACAGUAUGGAAAAUAUGCAUACUGAUGAUGAUGAUGAUGAUGAUGAUGAUGAUGAUGAAAGGGUUAAGUCUUCUACAUGUAAAUUAACAAUUGGUUCAUACGUCAGCAUGCGUUCCUCGAGAUAUGAAGCACGCGGGAAGUUUGGAGAGCACGAAAGAUGCGUAAGAGCUUCUUGAGUGUUCUCCAAACUUCCCAAGUGCUUCAUAUCUCGAUGAACGCACAGCUGAUGCAUGGACCAAUUGUUUUAUAACAGUUUCAACCCGAUGGAAAAUUUUUUUUCGCGAUGGAUUUGUUUGCUGACGUCAUGAGCGUGCACAAUAGGAAUAUGAAGCACGCUCGUGCAAUUGAAUUUGAUGAGGCAAAUUUACGAGAUAUGUCAUAAUUUACUUUGAAGGAGGAGAAAGGACUGAUAAUUCGCUAAGCUCAAGCAUCUUGCCAAAUAUCCCACUCUUUUAAACCUUUCAGAUCUCAUUAUUUCACCAAUCUUACCUGCUCAGUACUCCAUUUGAAUGAUAGCUUACAAAUAUGUUAUUUUUGAUUCAAGAGACAAUGUGUUACAGAUGUAUCGAGGCCAAAGAACUUUUUUCCAAGACGUGACUGUCUCUCCUGCGAAUUUAGUGGUGGGUUACUAUGCCUUCUGCUUCCAGUGUUGCGUUACUUUGUGCUAUAGUUCGCGUUACAUAGUUUGUGUUGCAUAAGUUUAUACGUCGCCAGGUUUUGACUGACAGUCUUGUAUGUUGCUAAGGGCCACGUGCGCCUGGAUUGGAUAAGACUUUGAGGGUUAGAUAUGAUACAAAUAUAAAAUACAGUCUUUCGGGUGAAGACAAGUGUAAUUUACGAACUAGCAAGUGUGUUAUGAUUGCAUGUGCGACAGUUACUAAUGCUCAAAACCCUGACAUCUCACGACUUUGACUUCUUUGCAGCCAGAUCUCGUUCGCGUUCGAACUUAUCAAGUCAGUAAGACAUCGGGCAAUUUUGGUUAUUGAUCAUGCUUAACAUGUUUUAUUGGAAUUAUGAGACCCUUUCCUCCAACAACGGACCCUUGGAAACGAGUUUACAUCAAAUGUUGAGUGACAACACGUGUCACUCACAACACGUGACUGCAGCAAGACAUAAAAUGACAAAACCCGACGUCACUUACUCACGUGUACUAGUUCGAUUAAAACCAAGAACUUUCCAUGUUAACAAAAGUGGUUUAUUUUUUACUGAAAACUUUAUGUUGGUCACUGUUGUUUCAGGGACAAAGUUUGUUAUUUUCUGGAUACCAGAUUGCGUUUGUUCUAACAGGUAUGUAACAGGCAUUUCUGAAAAUUUACAAUGUAAAAUAUUUUUUCUACAAGGUGUCAAAUCGUAAUGGUACUGUGAUUAACAAAUAUUUUUACCUGGGGUAUGUUGGGCUAUUUUUUAAGCUUUUCAACUAAUGACAUUUAUUAUUAUUUUUAGGAUACACUGUAUUGAGUUUUUUCCUGGCCAUCAUAGUUGUCAGCCUCACUGCCAUUUUCAAGUACAUCGAUUUUUAGUUUCACCGGAAAUGUUAGAGGUGUACAAAAAUAUUGGACAGGCCUUUGCGUAAGUUUCAUGCUGCUAGAUUCACUGUUAAACAUGAACUUUACCAAUUUGUUUCCUUCAUUACCUUAAUCAGUUUGAAAUAAACAUUCCGUCAACAAUGGGAAAGGAGAAGGAUACUCCUUGCCCAACUGCGCAAAGUAGAGUACAAAAGACGGGCAGACAGAGGACAAUUAUCCUGUCGUACUGUACAGUUGGUUUUUUUGUAUUGUAGUGGAUACCUGUUUAACUGGUCGACUGCGCGCGACUGUGCUUCUUUGCUUUCCCCGUCGUACGCGAAAUGAGCAGAAAUACUUGACAGAAAAAAAACAAACAGUUAGAUAAUAAAUAACUUAUCCGACAUUUUGGUGUGGUAUUGUUUAGUAAUUUACUCUCUGUUUACAUUAAGGCAUAACUCGUUCACUUACUCAGCGAGAAUACACACCAAAACGUCUUACAGGAUAUAUUUAUACCUCAUAUUGAUCGAGUUCGAGGUCCAUACUGUAAUAAACGGACCGAGUACUCUGCUUAGAUUUAUGGCCCUGGUGCGAAGCGCGCGGGAGGGGGGGUCAAUCUCGGUCAAUUUUUUACAGUGCUUACCUCAAACACGACUAAUCAGAGGUGGUGUCCUUCCCCUCCUCCCCUCAGUGUACGCCUUCCACCCCUAGCACUUCCAAGGGAUAAUGGAUUUUUUUUAUGAAUGCCAUUUCAGGCCACCAGUUUGCUUGGCAAUUUGCUUGUGGCUGUACCAGUUAUUCCUCACCUACUACGUAUUUCGAGACAGAGACUUUCCGAAUAUCACAAUCACUGUUGAUAACAGGCAAGUUCAUACGAAAUAAGUAAGUAUUUCAUGUGCCAUUUUUUUCCUUUUUUCUUCUUCUCCAUUUUCUUACUGAGAUGAUUUUUCCACAGACGGUUUUACUCCAUUAUGUCCUACUUCUUCUUCUUCUACAAUAUACUCCUUGGACUGUUCUCCUGCAUCAUGCGAAUUCUAAAAGGCAUGAUUUUAGGAGUGAUCUUCAUCUCUCGAAUCGACCGAACCUCACUUAUGCAGGGAUUCCAGACUUGGGACAAAGGUAUGGAAGCAAAGGGGGAGGGGUGGGGAUAAGUUGUAAACGUUAGAAAUCGGUCGUGAUGAAUCACGAUCAAUUUACUUGGAGGUGAGCCAGGAAAAUUGGUUCGAAUUCAGCAAGUGGAGGCUUAAAUGUAAACUCUUUAAGAGAUAUAAUUAUCAUCAAACGACGAACUCGUCUAGUAUAAUAUAAAAGACAAGAAAAACAUGCACGAACAAACAAAAACAAAACAAAAUGAGGCAUUUUUCUUCCUGUUCUUUUGCGUGUGCGUGUGUAUGUUUUUAGUUUGCUUGCUAUUUCAUUGGCUCAGGGUCUUCAUGAUAUCAUCUUUUUUUAACGCUAUUUUCCAGCCUUCGUGGCAUAUCUGGGAUUCAUCCACAUACUGGUGGCUCACAACCACCCUGUUAUGCUGAUGUUUUGCCAGCUGCUCAUCAACAGCAACAAGGAUCGUCAAUAUGGCACAGUGGGGAGGGAGGGUAAGGAAGAUACUAACAGUAUUAGAGGAGUAAAGGGUUUGGACUCAGGGUUUUUUAAACAUUUAGUCUUCGACUCCAUCUAAAACAAAAUGAUUAUGAUGAGAACGGUAUUGAUAACGAUAACGUUGUGGAAGGAUUAGAUUAACGAUAAAAGUUGUGAUAAUAAUAGAGAUUAUGAUGAUGAUAAUUAUAGUGAUAACGAUGAUGAUGAUAAUUAUAGUGAUAACGAUAAUGAUGACGAUGAUGUUGAUUAUUAUUACCAUUAUAAAAUGAUAAUCGAGCUGUUUGUUGAGCACUGAAGAAACUGAAGUAAAAUAAUUAUUCAAUAUCUUAACUUUUCAAAUUUAUUUCCAAUGAAAACACAAAAAAGCUUUAAUGCCUGUAAAUAUAAGGAAAUGAAUAUGGAAGCGAUCUUCGAAGUAAUGAACAAAGAAAUUCAGGCCUGACAGGAUUUGAACCCAUGACCUCUGCAAAGCCUGUACAGCGCUCUACCAACUGAACAACUGAAUCGGAUAUGCAGUGAAGCGCAACCAAUCAGGGGACGUAGGGCAUUUUAACAGCCUCUUCGGGCAGGCGUCUUUUCUCCCCUCCCCCGCCCCCUACCCCCACUGUCCACUCUAACUGCAAAUCAAAAAUGGCCGGUCGAACAAACGAUCGCGAGCUUUUAGCAUCAGCUCGCACUAACAAGACGCCUGCACUUCAGGCUAUCGAAGUAAUGAACAAAAAAAUUCAGGCCUGUACAGGAUUUGAACCCAUGACCUCUGCAAUGCCUGUACAGCGCUCUACCAACUGAACUAACAAGUCAACUGGGGGCUGGUAAUUAUAUUGGUUCCAAAUAAACCCGUCUAUAAGUAGUGUUCAGUACUGCGAAGAUCGCUUCCAUAAUUUAUUUAUCCGCAGUUCAUGUACAUGAUUUUCAUUUAUAUUUACGGUCAUUUAAUCACCAUCCUUAUCAGUUCGAGCAAGUAAUUUUCGUUAUGGCGGAUAUAUAGAAAUUGUAUACUUUCGGGAGUUUUUCGUCCAUCGAUGGAUCAUCUUUGUUCACUCUAGAGUUACCAGGCCUAUGUGUACAAAAUUCGCAUUCAGAGGAUCAGAGUUCUGCUGGUGAGUUUCGUCGCUUUGAUCUUGUCCCUUUUUGGGAAGAAAAAACAUUGGCGAUUAGUUGUGCCACCAGUGUAACAUAUAAUGACAAACUGUCAUUUCUUUGUUUUUGCUUCUGUAUUUGUUUGUAAGUUUGUUGGUUGUUUGCCUUUUCUAAAAAUACAGAACAUUAUGUCUAGCUUGGGCAACUUGCUUUGAGAUUUGAGGAGGAAGUUUGUUUCAUUCGUCCUUUUUUCGGAUUCAUUCUAGUACACGUGAGUAAGUGACGUCGGGUUUUGUCAUUUGUAUGUCUUGCUGCAGUCACGUGCACGUCUGUUGCCACUCAACAUUUGAUGUAAAACACCUUCAUAGCAUAUUCAACACAUUCUUAAAAGAUGAAAUUGUUUAAGAAGUUUGAAGGACCAUCCACCUAGUCUCCUUCGUGGCCGUUUUUUGUCACGUUCCGCAGCGCGAUCUAUUGGAGGGGAGAGAGGGCGUUGCGUUACGAUAUCAAACAACAGCUGCGACCUACAUUAGAUUGCAACCUAGACUAGUUGGCUUGACUGAGUACUCCAUACCAACCGUAAUCUCAUUGUCGCUUUGGCUUUGUUUUGUUUACUUUUUAUUUAAUUUUUGUCUGUUUGUUUAUUGAUUUUUCUUGUUUUGUUAAAGGUCAUCCUGAGGCCCGUGUAUUCCGGCCACCACACAUGUCUCACCAGGCGAUCAACCGCUGGUUCCUUGCUUUCACGCUUCUUCGAAAUCCCUCUCUCGUCAAGUAUCGCCGGCGGUGUGCCAGAGAAGCCAAAAAAUGUAGCGUCUCUAUUGAAGAUGCAAACUAUGGAUCCGUCACACCGAUUUGA